GGGGGGGGGGGGGGAGCCUUAUCAAAUGCAUGGCGGUGCAUUUGCUGGACGCACCUCCAGCAGCUCAGUCGACAGAUCCUGUCGCCCCUGUUCGGUUCGAUCUGAGCACAAUCUGCACACCAGUUCAAAAUGAGUCUACAGAAGAAACCCGUUCGUCUCAUCGCGGCAGCAUGCAAUGAUUUGGGAAUCGGAAAGAAUGGAAAGCUGCCUUGGAGUUUACCGAACGAGUUCAAGUACUAUUUGAACAACCUCAGUCGAGUCUCACGUCCAGGAAUGUUCAAUUUGGUGGUGUGGGGAAGACUGAACUGGUUCUCACAAGAGGAAUUUCUCAAAGAGAAUGUUAUACAUGUGGUUUUGAGUAAAACCUUAGGCGUUGUUCCAGAUAACGCACAGUACCUACGAGAGGACCUCGAGGGGGCUAUUCGUCUGGCCGCCUCCCCUCCCCUCAGUGACAUCAUAGAAACCAUCUGGGUCGUCGGCGGCACCGGGGUCUACAAGGAGAGCCUGAUGCACCCAUGGUGUGACCUGAUAUACCUCACGGAUGUCAUGGCCAACAUUGACUGUGAUGUUUUCUUCCCCAAUUUUGACAGACAGAUAUUUAAAAAGCAAGACAGAUUUCCUGGCGUGCCGAGUGAAAUCCAAGAAGAGAAUGGGGUCAAAUACAAGUAUGAAGUUUAUAAGAAAGACAUUCACCAUCAAGAUAAGCUGAUGUAAAAUAAUAUUUAUUCUGCUAUUUCAAGUGCCUCAAAUCAGAAAAUAAUAAAACAUGUCAGGGGAUUUCAGUCA